AUGGCUGGAAUCCCACUUUUUCCCAAGGCUAUACCAUUUCUCUUCUUCAUAGCCCUUUUUCAAGUCUCUUUUGCAACUUCCAAACGUACUGGUUUAAGCAUGAGGCUCAUCCGAACGGACUCCCUGUACCCUGGAAACUUCACUGGAGCCGAAAGGAUCAAAAGAUUGAUACAACUUUCAGAAGCUAGAGCUCACUAUUUGGAUUCUGAUUUGAGUCCCAAUAAAUCAGCAGAUCUUGAUAAUGUCCAUUUACCAAUAGGUCGGGUUCCUGAGACUUACUUGUAUGUGGUAGAGAUUAAAAUUGGAAGCCAGCUCCACCCCGUGAAAUUGCUAAUGGAUACCGGAAGUGGCCUGAUUUGGACGCAGUGUAAGCCUUGCGUAAAAUGCUUCAGACAGAAGGUUCCCAUUUAUGAUUCUCGAGCUUCCACCAGCUAUCACAAGCUUCCUUGCACUCACGAACUUUGUCAAGGAGACAACAGACGCUACAGGUGUUACCACAACAAAUGUUUAUACAACAUUCGAUAUGGUGUUGAUUCUCGUUCUAAUUCACCUAGAACGAGAGGUAUUGCAUCAUUUGAAUCAUUCCAAUUUCCUGUUGAUAAUGUCCAGACUAGAAUCAUUGAAGAUAUGAUUUUCGGAUGCUCCUUUGAUAACCAAAAUUUUGAUUUUUCGAAUGGUCAGGUUUCAGGAAUUCUAGGAUUAAGCUUGGCUCCAGAUGCACUAGCAAGCCAGUUAGCUAGGAAAGGCAUCAUUCUUAAUCGAUUCUCAUAUUGCUUGGUCCCUUUUGAUGAUGAAUUGGUUCGACCUAGUGUCCUAAGGUUUGGAGAUGAUAUUCCCCAACCUGUAGGAAAUCUUCAAACAACUGAAUUCCUAGUAAACGCCGGACACUACCAUUAUCACAUGGAAUUGCUAGAUAUAAGUGUCGGAUGGCAUCGUUUAGGAUUUCAACUACAACCUGAUAUUUUCAGAGUUAGGCAAGAUGGCACCGGUGGUUGCCUUAUAGACUCAGGAUUUUUAAUUAGUACUAUUGAUCAAAACACCACAGGAAGGAAUGCAUAUAAGGAAGUGAUGGCAGUCUUUAAGGCUUAUUACGACUCGCGUAACUUCCAAAGAAUGGGCAAAGUGAUUGAAUCAUUGAACCUAUGUUACCGUAGCAAGCCUGGUUUUCAAGAUUAUCUGACAAUGACCUUACAUUUUAAUGGAGCUGACUAUCAUAUAGAUGGGAAAUAUAUGCACUACUUUAGCGAGGAAGGGUAUUUUUGUGUGGCAUUGAAUCCAUCAUCAAAAACUAUACUAGGGUCAUGGCAACAACAAAAUAUGCGUAUCAUUUAUAAUAUGAACGUUGGUGGACUCCAAUGGGUCACCGAGACUUGUGCUAAUGCAAACAAUCUGUCAUUUUCAGUUAGUUUAUUUCUUCACCUGAUUUUGCCUGAAGGGCUCAAUUCAGUGCCAGCAAUUAGAGAUGAAAAAUGGUGCUAUAAAUGUGGACUGAAAUUCUUGGAACCUCCUCCUUCAAAAUCUAGUGGUCUAAGUAUGAGGCUCAACCCAAGAGGUCCCAAGCAGUCUCCUCUAUGCCCUGGAAACCUCAUUCAAAUUAAAGAGAUAAAUUUCUUUUCUUUUUUGAUAUCCCUUACUCAUACUUUUGGAGACGAUAUAAUAAUAUAA